GGAGCUCACGUCUCGUUUCGUCCCAGAUUGUGAGUAUGAGUAUCAUCCUCACUCUAGUGAUGGUGUUGGAACUUGCGUCUCAUUUUGUCCCAGACUGCAAGCAUGAGUGUCGUCCUCAUUCUACGCUGUUGCGAAUUUUCUGCUUUGAUAAAUUAAUGGUUGAAGACCAACAUGAUUGGUCUUGUAUCAUCGAAAAAAUUCAUAGGAUCCAAAUUUCUGAAAGUCGCCAUGAAAAAACCUACAUUAUAUAUUCAAAUAAAAAUGAUUAUAUUGAAAAUGUAUUGUUGGAAGACCAGAAAAAAUCAAAACUUGACACCAAUAACUCAGUUAAUACAAAAACUAUACCUAUCUCUCGACUUACGAAGCGGUUUCUAGAUGUUGCAAAAAAGAGCUCUCCAAAAUGGUUAGCAAAUGGUCCAAGUAUUGCUAAUGUAGAAAUAUCAAAUAACGAACAAGAUUUAUCUAAUGAAUUAGAUAGCAAUCUAUAUAUCAAUUCAAGUUAUAAAAGUGAUAAUUCAGAACAUGAUAGAUUCAUAUCUUCAACUCCAUGCGCUCUCGAAGACCCUUUCGCUGAUGAAAAGAUUAUUAUUAUUAAUGUUUCUUCACACAUACCAUCAUUAAAUUCUGAUUUAGAUAUUUUCUUAGACAAUAUUAAUAUAUCGGCUAAAUUUAAACAAUAUAUUAAUAAAGCCAUAUCAUAUACUAACGAUAAAGGACUGUAUGUUGAAACGAAUACCCACGAAAUAUUAUCAUUAUCAUCAAUCCUUGUUCUCAUACUGAACUCUUAUCCUACUAAAAUGGUGGAGGCGUUCAGUUUAGAUGUACCAGAAUCGAUUCACAGAAGAUAUAUGCCAAAAUUAUCUCUACAAUUAGAUAUAAAGCAAAGUAAGGAAAUUCGAUGGGUUAAGGACGAACAGCUAGAUUUUGUUGUUUCAGUCAACUAUCAGUCACGGGCAACAAAUGUGAUCUUUGUUGGUGAGGUAACUAGACCAACUGAGAAAAAUAAUGUAUACAAAAAUUGCCUUGACUUAAUCAGGAUUGGAGUUUUCAUGAAAAACUGUAUUGACUCGGCAAUUUCUCAAGGAGUAGAUAUCAAGAUAUUGGGGUUUCAAUGCAUCGCAUAUAAAAUAGAUUUUUAUAUACUAGAUAUAAAUGGGGAAGGACUUUACAUGAUGAAUCAUAUUGUGCAGAUAUCAGUACCUGCAACUAUAAAGGACAUAUGUAGCUUUAUAGAUGAACUUUAUAUUUUAUUAAACCUACGGAGUAUCUUAUAUGAGUCUUAUAAUGCUUUUGUUGAUAAACUUAAAAAUCCAAGAUUAGCUCCCCUAGAACUUAAAUCAUCCUUCAAAAAACUAACACUAGACACUCCUGAGUUUAACAAACUUGUUAGCAAAACUCAUUGCAUCAAAAGAGAGAGUCCAUUUUGGUUUGGACGAUACAAGUAUGUAUUUUCUUUUCAAAAUAACUUGAAAUUUACGAUACUAAUUCUUAUUGCAAUUGUAGAUGAUAAUAAUUUACUAUCUGGUUCUCUUAAAAAUUAG